GUAACGGCUCCUUCACUCUCGUCCACUACCUGCUCCCCACAACACAUGGACAUGAAUCCGUUUGGUACAGGGCCGGCUGGCCUAUUCGCCCAACUCGCGGGAGGCCUUGGACCUCUUGGGCAUGGACUGGGGCGUCCUCCGGCGCGUGCUUAUGAUGAAUACUUCAGAGCAUACAGCGUUGCCAUGCUUCCGGGCCGUGAGCGAGAGAACCUCAGCUAUGGUGGCAAGAAGAACCCAGCUGCCUCUACGCAUGCCGGUGUAUUGGAGUUCAUCGCGGAAGAGGGUUGUGUGCACCUUCCACAGUGGAUGAUGAAGACCUUGAGAUUGAAUGAGGGCGAUGCGAUCCGCGUGACCGGAGCAGAACUACCCAAGGGACAAUUCGUCAAGCUACAGGCGCAGAGCACCAUGUUCCUCGAGAUCUCGGAUCCCAAAGCAGUGCUGGCGCAGUCUGAACAAGCACUGCGCAACUUCUCCGCUUUGACACAGGGCGACAUCAUCGACAUUUCGUAUAACUCCAUCGUGUUCGGUCUCCUCGUGAUGGAAACAAUGCCAGGCGGGGAGGGCAUCAGCGUACUAAACACCGAUCUUGAAGUCGACUUUGCAGCUCCCGUUGGCUACGUUGAGCCCGAGCGUCCGAAGCCCCCGCCACCGUCGACCAUGGCGUCCAAGCUCAACAUUGACGUGAACUCUCAGACGCCUGGCGGUGAUCAGUGGGAGAGCUUCAAAGGCAAGGGGGAGACUCUAGGUGGACGGAAAACGAAGGGCAAGGGCAUCGGCGCGCGGCCUAUCGAGGACACUGUGAUAGAAGCAAGAUUAUCCGUACGGAGUGACCAGCCCCGGAUAGUGACCAAUGAAAUACUGGAAACUGAAGCAUCUGCCCCUGCCCCCUGUUUUUGGCUACAGGAUCGCACCCUACCAACCCCCCGAUGCCAACCGGAGGCGCAGCAGUCGCAAACAUUCACCGGUUCCGGUAAUUCUCUCAAUGGGCGGGCCACAGGACAGACCCUCUCCGGAUCGACGUCGUCUAAAGGCAAGGCCAAAGAAGAGUCCAGCUCAAGUACAAGUUGGGGCUCGGGCGGACAAACACUGGGCGCACGCACCGCUCCUGUACCCAUGCCCGAUGUGAACAGCCAGGGGCGUGCUCCGCCGAGUAGAGCUCCGGUGCAGAAAGGGCGGUCGCCUACUCCUGAACGGGCAUACGACUCGGACGAGAUGGAGUCGGAUGACGAGAGCGUGAUCUACAUCAGUGAUGAUGACGAUUAGUAGAUGAGCAUGAGUAUGGAAGAGAGAUGGUGUGUUGCAUGGUUCUUGUCAGCGACGUCUGCAGU